ACCACACUACCACCGCCCGGAGCGAGACACUUCUGCCUGCCGCUGCUCGGCUCCUCUACGCUAGCUUAGCUUAGCUUAGCCUAGCCUAGCCUAGCCUAGCCUACUGGCUGCGAGGGCAUCAUGUCGCAGGCUCUUUCCGAGGAGGAGUUCCAUCGUAUGCAGGCUCAGCUACUGGAGCUGAGGACACACAACUAUCAGCUAUCAGAUGACCUGAGGAAGAACUCGGCAGAGCUGAGCGCCGUGCGUCAGAAGAAUGCGGUGCUGGAAAGAGAUUUUAGCAAAGCUCAGAAGGCUCUGAGUAAGAGCAAACGAGCUCAGGAAGUGGAAGCGCUGCUGAGCGAGAACGAGAUGCUGCAGGGCAAACUUCACAGCCAGGAAGAAGACUUCCGACUGCAGAACAGCACGCUCAUGGCUGAACUCUCCAAGCUGUGCGUGCAGAUCGAGCAGCUCGAACAGGAGAACCAGCAACUGCAGAAAGAGGGCGGGGCCACAGCGUCCCAAGCCAGCACUAACUCCGCCUCCGGUGCCACUGAUGAAGAAUUGCUCCGCCUCCAGGCAGAGAACACCACCCUGCAAAAGCAAGUGCAAAACCUGCAGCGGCGGUCUGACGCUGAGCAGCAGAGAGCAGAGAGCGCCGCCUCCCCGACAGACGGCGCUGCCAAUGGAGUGUGUGACAUGGUGGGGAAAGGGGAGGGGCUAGCAGGAGCAGAGGAAGCCAAAGCAAGUGUGCAGCAGACGGAAGCUCAGCAGGGACAAGCGCAGUUACACGGCCUGUCAGAGAAGAGCGUAGAGGAGAUAGUAGCUAAGCAAUCAGCGCUAGGCUGGUCGGCUGCUCUGUGUCCAUUAACUCACUGCUUUGGGGCAGAGCUGGAGGUCGCCCUGAGCAACCAACACGAGGAGAAGAGGCUGCUGAGGGAGCAGCUGCGACACCUCGAGGCAUCCAAACAGGCGGAACUCUCCAAACUGCAAGACGACAUCUCAAAGCUGGCUGACAAGUUGAAAAAAAAGCAGGAGAGCUUCCAGCGUCUUCAGGCGGAGAAGGAAGUUCUGUACAACGACAGCAGGACCAAGAUCGACGAGAUCAACCAGAGGCGAGACGAGGAGGCGAAGGCCACCAACGCGCGCGCCCACAAGCUUCAGUCCGACCUGACGACGGCCAAUCAGGCGAUGUCGGAGCUGAGAGAAAAGCUGCUGAGCAACGACGCAAAGCACCAGCUGGCCGUGAACGCUCUCAAAGAGCAGGUAGCAAGUCAGAGUGCAGUCAGUCAGGAGCAGGUGGACAGCAUCCUGCAGGAGAACGAUGCUCUGAGGACUAACCUCGCUGCUCUCGAACAGAUUCAGACCAGCAAGAUGCAGGAGGUGAGCCUGUUGCGCGAGCAGCAGGAGGCGCGGGCGGCCGAGCUGCAGCAGAGUCGAGCGGAGCAGGAGAAGCUUCUGGCCCAGAGAGACGACCUGGACUCGCAGCUUCAGGAAUCCAGUUUUGCAAACAGGAAGUUGUUGGAGCAGUUAACCGAAGAAGGACAAGAGAAGGAUAAGCUGCUGAGAGAGCUGGAUGAGACCAAGAAGAUAUCAGAGAAGAGGAAGACCAUGCUGGACGAUAUGGCCAUACAGCUGAACCAGGAGAAGUCUGACCACAAAGAGGCGCUGUCAGACCUCAAACUGCAGCAUGAGAAGGAGGUCCUCGGUGUGAGGGCUCGCUACGAGAAGGAGCUUCGUGGUCUUCACGAGGAGAAGAAUCGCUCAGAGGAGGAGAUCCGGCAGCAGCUCAGAGACGAGAAGGCUCGCAGCAAAGACCUGGAGAGUCUUCUGGUGAAGGUGGAAGAACUUCACGCUCAGCUGCAGUCCAUGGAAGGAACCAAAGGAUGGUUGGAACAACAGCUCAAUGAGGCCCAGGAGAACAUGGAGAGGUUGACUGCGGAACAUCAGCAAGCUGUCAAAGUUCUACAAGACCAACACACACUUGAUCUGCAGGCCAAGCAGGUGGAGGCGGAGAAGGUCCACCAGCAGCUGCUGGAGGUCCAGAAGCAACGCGACCAACACGAUGAGGCCAUCGUCAAACUCAAGCAGGAGAUCAAAGACACCGUGGAUGGACAGAGGAUUUUGGAGAAGAAAGGAAGUGCAGCGCUGAAGGACUUAAAGAGACAGUUGCACUUGGAGAGGAAGCGAGCAGACAAACUGCAAGAGAGACUUCAAGAGAUUUUGACCAACAGCAAGACCAGAACAGGCCUGGAGGAACUGGUUCUGUCCGAGAUCAACAGUCCAAGUCGCACACAGCAGACGGGGGACUCCUCCUCCGUCUCGUCUUUCUCCUACAGAGACAUGAUGAAGGAGAACCAGAGCGCCAACCCGGCCAAGUCGGGAGGAGGAAGUCCUCAGUGUCAGCGUGCCGCCGAGCUGUCCGACGACGAGCUGGGAGAAUUAUUCCAGAGGCUGGCUGAGGUCCAGCAGGAGAAGUGGAUGCUGGAGGAGAAGGUGAAACAUCUGGAGGUGAGCAGCUCGUCCAUGGCUGAGGACAUCUGCAGGAAGAGUGCCAUCAUAGAGACAUACGUCAUGGACAGCCGCAUAGACGUUUCGGGCGGUGCUGUCGGCGGUCACGGAGGUUCUCAGGGAGACCGAGGAGGCCUGGGUUCCGUCCUGCGGGACCUGGUCAAGUCCGGGGACGAGAACCUGCGCGAGAUGAACAAGAAGCUGCAGAACAUGUUGGAGGAGCAGCUGACUAAGAACAUGCACCUGCAGAAGGACCUGGAGGUUUUGUCCCAGGAAUUAGUCCGCCUCAGUAAAGAACCCGGUCCUGAUGGGAGUUCCUCUUGCUCGGGAUGAGACUACUUUCUGACGCAUCCUUCCAUAUCAUUCACCUCGGCUGAAAGACUGGGCUCAGACUAACACCUGGAACCAACUUCUUGUGAGACUUUCUUCGUGGUGCCAGACUACUCUCUGGAUUGUUGUUGUCACCAUCCCAGGCUGUGUUUAAGUGCUGGAAUGUGUCCAUCCAUCCAAAGCAUGCAGGGAAUGGAAACAUUCUUAAAAGAUGAAUGUACUGUAAGUAAAUCAUACAUUCUUUUGUUUAUCUCCACUUGGGCCUGGCUACAACCUGUGACCAACGCAAAUCUCCAUUGAAAUGGAACGCUCAAGUUUUCAUUGAGCACAUUUAGAUCCACACGGUCCUGACUAUGUCCUGGAACUCUGCAAUGUUAAACGUGCUGAGAUUAACCCUCCUUAAACCCCCAAACCAGGAAGCCUUUCUGAGGCCAUAUCCACCCAUGCCUUCAUACUGUCGUGACGGGCUAUGUCUAUGUCCUGGGCAUAGCUCACGGUUAACCUUGCUACAGUAGGACGUGACUAUUUGUUGGAGCGUCUGACUGGGUCUUGUAUUUCUAAUCCAAAUGAAUGUGAGUGAAAUAUAUUUAAACACUAUCUUAUUUUUUUUAUGUCCGUGACUUUUUGCUGGACUGAAGAGAAAAAUGAAAUGUCGGGCCGAGUCUAUGUCCUGCUUUCUUUGUCAGAUUAUUUAUAAUAGCAGACUCUAUUUAACACUGUGUGGCCCCGACUAUGUCCUGGAUCGAUGUGUCUUUUCUGGCUCCUCGGGCUUGGACUAUGUGCUGGGAGUCUGCUUAUUUUUUCUGGUGUUAGAAGUGGGAUCUGUCUUUGUCCUGCGGCCGGAAACAGACAUGACGGAUCAAUUAGCUAAUCAAUGAAAAUAUUGCUAUAAAUAAUUUAUAAACCAAACGACUAAGUAAGGAGAUGCUUUUGAUUGUGAAGCCAAAUAAACGUCCUGAAAUAUAA